GUUGAAACAAGAAAAACGGCGUCGGUUUGGGACCGACGGGAGGAACCAUGUCGUCGUCUCUUCUUCUCUCUGGCUCUACUACAGUAUCUUCUCCCUUCAUCGCUCCAUCGAAGCUCUCUCAAUCACGGAAUCCAAAUCAGUCAUGUUUCAAGAACCUUCAAGACCCCUAAGUGCUCCUCCGCUGAUUCUCCAUACGGAGGCAACGUCCCCACGUUCCCUCGGACCAGAGUCUGGGACCCGUACAAGCGCCUAGGGAUCAGCCCCUACGCCUCCGAGGAAGAGAUCUGGGCCUCUCGCAACUUUCUGCUAGAGCAGUACGCUGGACACGAGAGAAGCCAAGAGUCUAUAGAAGGCGCCUUCGAGAAGCUCCUCAUGUCUAGCUUUGUCAAGAGGAAGAAGACUAAGAUCAACCUCAAGACGAGGUUGAAGAAGAAAGUCGAGGAGUCUCCUCCGUGGCUCAAGGCUCUUUUUGACUUCGUCGAGAUGCCUCCAAUGGAUACCGUGUUUAGAAGACUGUUCCUUUUUGCCUUCAUGGGUGGUUGGAGUAUCAUGAACUCAGCAGAAGGCGGUCCUGCUUUUCAGGUUGCGGUGUCGUUGGCUGCUUGCAUAUAUUUCCUGAAUGAGAAGACGAAGAGCUUGGGCAGAGCUUUCUUGAUCGGGAUUGGUGCAUUAGUGGCGGGAUGGUUCUGCGGUUCGCUAGUCAUUCCCAUGAUUCCGACGGUUCUCAUUAACCCGGCAUGGACACUGGAGCUCCUAACGUCAUUGGUUGCUUAUGUGUUUUUGUUUCUUUCUUGUACUUUCCUCAAGUAGGUUGCAUUUUUUUUUAUCCAGACUUUGUGUUUCUUCUUUCUUGUACCUGUUCUCACCGGAAAUUGAACUUGGGGUUCCACAACGUUGGUUGGUUCUGUUAAAGUAUGGAAUCAAAUUGAUCAGGAUAUUACCCCAAAUUGGAUGAAUUUCU